UGUAGUUCGACGUUGUGGACAUUUUUUUUCUCUCCCAUCCAAACACCAACAGCAUUUUGUUUAUCAUCGUCCUCGGUUAGAUUUUUUCAAUAACAUCUGCUCGACAGAUUGUCGAAGACCACGACAUCACCAUGGCCUCCAAAAUAAACGAAGCCCAUGAACACAUCGCUAAAGCGGAGAAAAAUUUAAAGACAAGCAUGACAAAGUGGAAGCCAGAUUUUGACAGUGCUGCCUCAGAAUAUGCCAAAGCUGCGGUAUGCUUCAAGAAUGCCAAACAGUUUGAGCAGGCUAAGGAUGCCUACCUGAAGGAGGCCGAGUACCACACGGAAAAUAAAGCCUUGUUUCAUGCAGCAAAAGCAAUCGAACAAGCAGGUAUGAUGAUGAAGGACUUGAAGAAGAUGCCUGAGGCCAUCCAGUACAUAGAGAAGGCCAGUAUGAUCUACGUAGAGAAUGGUACUCCAGACACCGCUGCCAUGGCUCUGGACAGGGCCGGGAAACUUAUCGAGCCUGUGAGUUUAGAGAAAGCUGUGGACCUGUAUCAGCAGGCUGCCGGUGUGUUUGAGAAUGAGGACCGUCUACGCCAGUCGGCUGAGCUCCUGGGGAAAGCUUCCAGACUGCUGGUCAGAUUACGCAGACUGGAUGAAGCGGCAACCGCCCUUCAAAAAGAGAAGAACAUGUAUAAAGAUAUAGAGAAUUAUCCCACUUGCUUUAAGAAAACAACAGCUCAGGUGUUGGUUCAUCUACACAGAAAUGACUUUGUGGCGGCAGACAAGUGUGUCCGAGAGAGUUACAGCCUCCCGGGGUACAGUGGGAGUGAAGACUGCGUAGCCAUGGAGACGUUACUGCAGGGAUAUGACGAGCAGGACGAGGACCAGGUGCAUCGCGUGUGUAACUCUGCUCUGCUGAAGUACAUGGACAAUGACUAUGCCAAGCUGGCCAUCUCCCUGAAGGUACCUGGAGGAGGAGCGAAGAAGAAGACCGCAAAGCCACCACAGGGGGGCGCCGGAGCGCCUGCUGCUGCCGCCGAGGAUGACGAUGACUAUGAGGGAGGGCUGUGUUAGCCGCAGAUAAGAAAACACUGACCGCUAAAUACACCCAACUCUAAACACACCAGGAAGUCCUGCCCAUUGAGGUGAAACUCUCAGAAUAUGUUGCUCCACCCUGAACUAGACACCAAUAUGUUGCUCCACCCUGAACUAGACCCCAAUAUGUUGCUCCCCCCUUGAACUAGACCCCAAUAUGUUGCUCCCCCCUGAACUAGACCCCAAUAUGUUGCUCCCCCCUGAACUAGACCCCAAUAUGUUGCUCCCCCCUUGAACUAGACCCCAAUAUGUUGCUCCCCCCUGAACUAGACCCCAAUAUGUUGCUCCCCCCUGUACUAGACCCCAAUAUGUUGCUCCCCCCCUGAACUAGACCCCAAUAUGUUGCUCCCCCCCUGUACUAGACCCCAAUAUGUUGCUCCCCCCCUGAACUAGACCCCAAUAUGUUGCUCCCCCCCUGAACUAGACCCCAAUAUGUUGCUCCCCCCUGAACUAGACCCCAAUAUGUUGCUCCCCCCUGAACUAGACCCCAAUAUGUUGCUCCCCCUUGAACUAGACCCCAAUAUGUUGCUCCACCCUGAACUAGACCCCAAUAUGUUGCUCCCACCUGUACUAGACCCCAAUAUGUUGCUCCCCCCUUGAACUAGACCCCAAUAUGUUGCUCCCCCCUUGAACUAGACCCCAAUAUGUUGCUCCCCCCUCAACUAGACCCCAAUAUGUUGCUCCCCCCCUGAACUAGACCCCAAUAUGUUGCUCCCCCCUCAACUAGACCCCAAUAUGUUGCUCCCCCCCUGAACUAGACCCCAAUAUGUUGCUCUCCCCCUCAACUAGACCCCAAUAUGUUGCUCCCCCCUGAACUAGACCCCAAUAUGUUGCUCCCCCCUGAACUAGACCCCAAUAUGUUGCUCCCCCCUGUACUAGACCCCAAUAUGUUGCUCCCCCCUGUACUAGACCCCAAUAUGUUGCUCCACCCUGAACUAGACCCCAAUAUGUUGCUCUCCCCCUGAACUAGACCCCAAUAUGUUGCUCCACCCUGAACUAGACCCCAAUAUGUUGCUCCCCCCUGAACUAGACCCCAAUAUGUUGCUCCCCCCUGUACUAGACCCCAAUAUGUUGCUCCCCCCCUGAACUAGACCCCAAUAUGUUGCUCCCCCCUGAACUAGACCCCAAUAUGUUGCUCCCCCCUGAACUAGACCCCAAUAUGUUGCUCCCCCCUGUACUAGACCCCAAUAUGUUGCUCCCCCCUGAACUAGACCCCAAUAUGUUGCUCCCCCCUGAACUAGACCCCAAUAUGUUGCUCCCCCCCUGAACUAGACCCCAAUAUGUUGCUCCCCUCCUGAACUAGACCCCAAUAUGUUGCUCCACCCUGAACUAGACCCCAAUAUGUUGCUCCCCCCUGAACUAGACCCCAAUAUGUUGCUCCCCCCCUGUACUAGACCCCAAUAUGUUGCUCUCCCCCUGUACUAGACCCCAAUAUGUUGCUCCCCCCUGAACUAGACCCCAAUAUGUUGCUCCCCCCCUGAACUAGACCCCACUAUGUUGCUCCCCUCCUGAACUAGACCCCAAUAUGUUGCUCCCCCCUGAACUAGACCCCACUAUGUUGCUCCCCUCCUGAACUAGACCCCAAUAUGUUGCUCCCCUCCUGAACUAGACCCCAAUAUGUUGCUCCCCCCCUGAACUAGACCCCAAUAUGUUGCUCCCCCCUGAACUAGACCACAAUAUGUUGCUCCCCUCCUGAACUAGACCCCAAUAUGUUGCUCCCCCCCUGAACUAGACCCCAAUAUGUUGCUCCCCCCUGAACUAGACCCCAAUAUGUUGCUCUCCCCCUGUACUAGACCCCAAUAUGUUGCUCUCCCCCUGUACUAGACCCCAAUAUGUUGCUCCCCCCUGAACUAGACCCCAAUAUGUUGCUCCCCUCCUGAACUAGACCCCGAUAUGUUGCUCUCCCCCUGAACUAGACCCCGAUAUGUUGCUCCCCUCCUGAACUAGAUCCCAAUAUGUUGCUCCCCUCCUGAACUAGACCCCAAUAUGUUGCUCUCCCCCUGAACUAGACCCCGAUAUGUUGCUCCCCUCCUGAACUAGAUCCCAAUAUGUUGCUCCCCUCCUGAACUAGAUCCCAAUAUGUUGCUCCCCCCUGAACUAGGUGUCUAAUUCCCUCCACUCCCCUCGGUGUGAAACAUGUCGAUAUCAGUAAAGUAUACUCUUCCUCUGUGUGGGUCCAACUUGUUUAAUGUAUUUACAUCAAACAUACUCUCCUUUCCCCCCCCCCCAAAAAAACUAGAUUAAAUUCCAAGUGGCGUGUGAUAGAAAGGAUAGUUAUGACUAGGUCUAUAUCUAUACUAUAGAUAGUAUUUUACUUUGUUUACAGUUUUAUUCAGUGUGACAACGACAUAUCACCUGUGUGUUUGAAGAUGUCUAUUGAACAUAAAUUCCAUGUUGUGUAAAUGUUCUUUAUUUUGUUGAUUGUGAAUUCUCUUAACUGUAAAUCAGGGUUUUCAAACAGAUUUUGGUCCAACGAGCCGCAUUCGUUCUUCACCGAGGUCCGGAGGACGGCACUUUAGAAUCGGUUAUAUUUGCAAAAUGUCUAUCAUCCAUCGCUUUUGGGAAUUCGAUGCUCCCUGACUGUCUAGCUUUUGUUUUUAUUAUUGUUAGCAUGUUGGACAGGGUAAAGAGACUAUAAAUAUGGGCUCAUUAUUGUUUUCCUCACCCCAUAAAAAUACAUACACAGAAAAAGGAUUUGAAUGGGCUCGAGGACCGGAUUCGUAUGAUACCCCUGCUGUAAAUGGUGCAGUUUUUGUAGGUAUGUGUACAGAUAAAAAAAAGUAUUUAUUAAUAUAUUGUAGUGACUGAUCAGUCUUAUUGUCAUAUAAAGUGGGGAAAUAAAAAUUAUAUAUAUAUAUAUACUACCGUUCAAAGGUUUGGGGUCACUUAGAAAUGUCCUUGUUUUUGAAAGAAAAGCAUUUUUUUUUUGUCC